CUUCCCGCCCCAGGUCCUGCGCCAGAUAGAAGAGCAGGAGCAGCGGCUGCUCCAGUACGACGGCGAGGGCGGCGAGGGCGGUGGCGAGGGCGGCGGCGGCGGAGGACCCGAGCGGAGCAUCGCCCAGCUGCACACCGGCUGCUCCUUCCUGUUCGCCAAGGUGGUCGGGCUGGCGGAGCUCGUUGGCGACCGCCUGCAGCGGCCCCGCACGAUCCUGCUGCUCCUCCAGUCCAUCUUUGACCGCUUCGACCGCCUGACGGAGACGUUUAACGUGCAAAAGGUGCGCAAGACCGUCAACGAGUCCUACAUGGUUGCCGCCGGCCUUCCGGACCCCGAGCUGCUCGGAUCGCCGCAGCAGCGCGCGCUCGGCACGUGCGCGCUCGCCGUCGCGAUGGUGCACGUCAUGGACGUCGUCAACGCCGAGCGCCCGCCCGGCUCCGCGCCGCUCUCGGUGCAGAUCGGCGUCCACUCUGGCUCUGCAAUCGCGGGCAUCAUCGGCCACCGAAAGUACCAGUACGACCUUGUCGGAGACGCCGUCAACACCGCCGCCCGCAUGUGUGGCAUGUCGGCGCCUGGGCGCGUCUGCCUCUCCAAGGCCACGUUCAAGCAUGUGCGCGGCCAGUUCGACCUCACGGAGCGACCGCCGCUCAACGUCAAGGGCAAGGGCCGCCGCCGCCAAAGCCUGCCCAGCCGCCGCCUGUCCGGGCGCCGCCGCCGCUGGGCAAGGACCAGAAACGGGACACCUUUGGCCAAAGGGUGCCGUCGCUGCAGCCGCAGGCGCCUCCGUCCGUGCCGCCGCUCGCCUACCCGGGGGCAUACCCGGGGGCGGGGGCGGGGGCGAGGGCGAGGGUGGCGGCGGCGGCGGCGGCGCGGGGGGGUUCUCAGUCGGCCGCGGCGAUGGCGCUGGUGGCGGCGUCGCCCCGCGGCCUGGGACCCUCUAGAGGCGGCACGCUUGGCACCCGCUCCGCCGCGGAGCUCCUCGCCGCCUUCAACGACGACGCCACGCCGGCAAGGCUCGGCUUCGGGCACUUGUAGUGAGCGUCGGGCUGGUGGUUCGACACCGAGUUUGAAAGAUCUGUUUCCCUACGUCU